GGCCAUGGCGGCGGCGCGGGGCUGGCCGCGGAAGGUGGCGGCUGUCGCUGGGGCGCUGCCCGGCGGGGGAGGCCCGGGACGAGCACCGGGACCGGUCCCAGAAACGGCCGCCCCCGCCACAGCCGCGCUCUACGUGCACUGGCCCUACUGCCGCAAGCGCUGCUCCUACUGCAACUUCAACACGUUCGUGGUGCCGGCCGUGGACGAGGCGGCCGUGCGCGCCUGCCUGGUGCGGGAGGCACAGACCCUGCUCCGCCUCAGCCAGGUGCACAGCGUCACCUCCGUCUUCUUCGGCGGGGGCACCCCCAGCCUGGCGAGCCCCGGCACUGUUGCGGCAGUGUUGGAGGCUGUGGCGGGGGCUGCCCACCUUCCUGCUGGUGCUGAGGUCACGCUGGAGGCCAACCCCAGCUCCACCAGCGCAUCUGCCCUUGCCGGCUUCAGGGCAGCUGGGGUCAACCGCCUCUCCAUCGGCGUCCAGUCGCUGGAUGACGCCGAGCUGAGGAUGCUGGGCCGGGAGCACACAGCGGCGGAGGCACGGAAGGCUGUGGAAGCAGCUCGGGGGCUCUUCCCUGGCCGAACCUCCAUCGACCUCCUGUUUGGGUUGCCGGGACAGAGCCGGGACGCCUGGGCCGAGCGGCUGGAGGCGGCCCUGGGGCUCUGUGACGACCACAUCUCCCUGUACCAGCUGACGCUGGAGCGGGGCACGGCGCUGGCAGCACAGGUCAGGGACGGGGCCCUGCCCGCACCCCCCCAGGAUCUGCUGGCUGACAUGUACCAGACUGCCCGGAAUGUGCUGGUGGCCACCGGCUUCCGCCACUAUGAGGUCUCCAAUUUUGCACAGAAGGGAGCCCUCAGCACCCACAACCUCUCGUACUGGCGGGCUGAGCAGUACAUUGGUGUGGGGCCAGGGGCACAUGGGCGCUUCGUGCUGCGGGGUGAGGGCGGCUGCCGCCGGGAAGCCCGUGUCCAGACCCUGGAGCCUGUCGCCUGGAUGCGGGAGGUGCAGAGCCAGGGGCACGGCACCAGGAGUCGGGUGGUGCUGAGCCCGCUGGAGCAGCUGGAGGAGCUGCUCACCCUGGGACUGCGCACGGAUGAAGGCAUCACACAUGAGCGCUGGGGGCACUUCUCCCCCCAGCUCAGCCUGCAGGCCGUGUUCGGGGAGCCGGGGGAGGCUCAGGCACUGCAGCAGCAGGGCUGGCUUGUCCUGGACAGUGGCGGCCUGCGGUGCACCUGGGCCGGCCUGGCCGUGCUGGACUCGCUGCUGCCCGACCUGCUCUGGCAGCUGCAGCGGCUGCUGGCCGCUGCCCAGGGCCCACCGAGGGGGACCCCGGCGGAGGAACGAGCAGGUGGCGGGGGCGCGAGGGCCACAAUGGAUAAUAAUGACUAAUAAACCACAGGAGCAGUG